AUGUUAAGGCACAUAAGACAAGUACCCAUACAACAACACUUACAAAAAACACAACUAUUGAGACAGAAUUUUCCACGGAUCUAUGUUCCUCUACAGCUACAAAGGACUAUAUGUAGUUCGAAUGCAAGGACUCAAAUAGCUAAUAAAUCUUCUCUAGAAUUAAGAACAAAUCCAUUGAACGGAGCUGCUAUUUCGGCAUUUCCGUUAGGGCACCUCCAAAGUGUGCCAGUUUUCAGAAGAACAUACGUCCAAAUGAGAAUGGAUCCAAACCAGCAGCCAGAGAAACCAGCUUUAGAACAAUAUGGUACGAAUUUAACGAAGUUGGCACGAGAUGGUAAACUAGAUCCAGUUAUUGGGAGAGAUGAGGAAAUUGCAAGAGCUAUUCAAAUUUUAUCGAGAAGGACGAAAAAUAAUCCAUGCUUGAUCGGUAGAGCUGGUGUAGGUAAAACUGCCUUGAUUGACGGGUUAGCUCAAAGAAUUGUAGCAGGGGAGGUUCCCGAUUCAUUGAAGGAUAAGGAUCUGGUGACUUUGGAUUUGGGGUCUUUGAUUGCUGGUGCUAAAUAUAGAGGUGAGUUUGAAGAGCGUUUAAAGAAGGUUUUGGAGGAAAUCGACAAAGCUAAUGGCAAAGUUAUUGUUUUUAUCGAUGAAGUCCAUAUGUUACUAGGCUUAGGUAAGACUGAUGGUAGUAUGGAUGCUUCCAAUAUUCUAAAACCGAAAUUAGCUCGUGGGCUACGUUGUAUUUCGGCAACAACUUUGGAUGAAUACAAAAUUAUCGAAAAAGAUCCCGCUCUAUCAAGAAGAUUUCAGCCUAUUUUACUAAAUGAACCAAGUGUCUCAGAUACAAUUUCUAUUUUGAGAGGGUUGAAAGAGAGAUAUGAAGUCCAUCAUGGUGUCAGGAUCACUGAUACUGCAUUGGUUUCCGCUGCUGUUCUUUCAAAUCGUUACAUAACAGAUAGGUUUCUACCUGAUAAAGCCAUCGACCUUGUCGAUGAAGCCUGCGCUGUUCUACGUCUACAGCAUGAAUCCAAACCGGAUGAAAUACAGAAGCUGGAUCGUGCUAUAAUGAAAAUUCAAAUAGAGUUAGAAUCAUUAAAGAAAGAGACUGAUCCCCUUUCUGUAGAAAGAAGAGAAGCACUGGAAAAGGAUUUAGACCUGAAAAACGAGGAACUAAGCAGAUUAACUAAAAUCUGGGAUGCCGAAAGAGCGGAAAUUGAAUCUAUCAAAAACGCUAAGGCAAAUUUGGAACAGGCAAGAAUUGAACUGGAAAAAUGCCAAAGAGAAGGUGACUAUACCAAAGCAUCCGAGUUGCGUUAUUCGAGGAUCCCUGAUCUAGAAAGGAAAGUGGCCUUGAGCAAAGAAAGUAAAGACGGAGAUAAAGUAAAUCUGUUGCAUGAUUCAGUUACUUCUGACGAUAUUUCGAAGGUUGUUGCUAAAAUGACCGGUAUUCCCACAGAGACUGUGAUGAAAGGUGACAAGGACCGCUUACUAUACAUGGAAAACUCUUUGAAAGAGAGGGUGGUUGGUCAAGAUGAGGCCAUAGCUGCUAUCUCGGAUGCUGUCCGUCUACAAAGGGCUGGAUUGACUAGUGAAAAGAGACCAAUUGCUAGUUUCAUGUUUUUAGGCCCCACUGGUACAGGUAAAACAGAAUUGACGAAAGCUUUAGCAGAAUUUUUGUUUGACGAUGAAUCGAAUGUGAUUCGUUUUGAUAUGUCAGAAUUCCAAGAAAAGCAUACCGUCUCUCGUUUAAUCGGUGCUCCCCCAGGUUAUGUUUUGAGUGAAUCUGGUGGUCAAUUAACUGAAGCUGUCAGAAGGAAGCCUUAUUCAGUUGUUUUAUUCGACGAGUUUGAAAAAGCGCACCCUGAUGUCUCCAAAUUGUUGUUGCAAGUAUUAGAUGAAGGUAAAUUGACUGAUUCUUUAGGGCAUCAUGUUGAUUUCCGUAAUACAAUCAUUGUAAUGACUUCGAAUAUCGGACAAGACAUUUUACUAAAUGACAAACAUUUAGGCGAUGAUGGUAAGAUUGAUACCCCAACUAAGGAGAAAGUGAUUGAAGCGAUGAAAAGAUCUUAUCCACCAGAAUUUAUCAAUCGUAUUGACGAUAUUCUAGUUUUCAACAGGUUAUCCAAGAAGGUGUUAAGGUCUAUUGUAGAUAUUAGAAUUGAAGAAAUUCAGGACCGGUUGGCUGAAAAGAGAAUGAAGAUUGAUUUAACCAAUGAAGCAAAGGACUGGCUAACUGACAAAGGAUAUGAUCCGAUCUAUGGUGCAAGACCACUGAAUAGAUUGAUUCAUAGACAGAUUUUGAAUUCAAUGGCAACCUUCUUAUUAAAGGGCCAAAUCAGAAAUGGUGAGACCGUAAAAGUUGCAGUAGAAAAGGGUAAACUUGUGGUGAAGCCAAACCAUGAAGAAGGUGAAGCGAUUGAAGAGGAAGCCGAAAAAUAA